GGUGCUGGUGCCCAUCCUAUGGCUGUUGCAUUGGCUCCUGUACCCAAGAUAGAUUAUAGUGUUACGAAGGGAGGUGCGCGAACAUGGGCAGUUCUACUUGUUUUUCUAUUUUUAUGUUCUGGUCUAUACACAAUAUUUUCUUCCAAAGAGAUAAACGAAGAUACUAGCGUUCCAAACGAGCAACAAGAUGAAAUAGGAGACGAUUCGCAAAGCUAUUCAGAUCUUACUCCAAAGGAGCGCAGAAAUAUAAAAGAAGAACAAGACGAAGAAAUUGAAGAGGAAGCCUUAGGCGUCGACUUACAGCAAACAGAUGAUGACGAAGAAGAGGUUGAGCCACCACUAGAAGAUCAAUUGUUUGCAGGAUUGAGAAAAAAGAUUGAGAAUAAUAUUCAGCGGGUAAAGGAUUUUGUAAAGUGUCCACAACGACGUAGGCGAAAAGGUGAAUGUGUGGAGGAGUCUGAGAAAGAAGAGACUGAAUCUGAGGAUACGAAUGUGAAAGAAGAAGAAGAAGAAGACAAUGGAGAGGAAGAGGAGCCUCCUGAAAAGACGGUUGAAGAAGAAGAGCCCACUAAGGAAGAUGAUGAUAGUGAGAAAGAUGAGAAGAGCGAUCACGGCAGGUCAAAAGUUGAAGGAAGACUUGGACGAAAACAAAGAAGUUACGGUGCACGAGGUUCGGGACGGGACACUUACAAACGUCAAGCGAUUACAAACCGUGAUGACCAUAGGAAUCGCGAAGCGUUGGAUCGAGCAGAUAGUCUCGUGGAAAAGGUGAAGCUCAAGCGUUUUAAGAAGAGCAAAAAAUCCGACUCGCUAUAG